UGCUGCUGCUGUAGCUGGACUCUUCGCCUUCUCACCGCUCAGCAUCUGUACAUCCCUACAAUGGCUAAAACAGCGAUGGCCUACAAGGAAAAAAUGAAGGAGCUGUCCAUGCUCUCACUGAUUUGCUCCUGCUUUUAUCCAGAACCUCGCAACAUCAACAUCUACACCUACGAUGAUAUGGAAGUGAAGCAAAUCAACAAACGUGCCUCUGGCCAAGCUUUUGAGCUGAUCUUAAAGCCACCAUCUCCCAUCUCAGAAGCCCCACGAACUUUAGCUUCUCCAAAGAAGAAAGACCUGUCCCUGGAGGAGAUCCAGAAAAAACUAGAGGCAGCUGAGGAAAGAAGAAAGUCUCAGGAGGCCCAGGUGCUGAAACAGCUGGCGGAGAAGCGGGAGCACGAGCGAGAAGUUCUGCAGAAGGCGCUGGAGGAAAACAACAACUUCAGCAAAAUGGCGGAGGAAAAGCUGAUCCUGAAAAUGGAACAGAUUAAGGAGAACCGCGAGGCUAAUCUAGCUGCUAUUAUCGAACGCCUGCAGGAAAAGGAGAGGCACGCUGCGGAGGUGCGCAGGAACAAGGAGCUGCAGGUGGAGCUGUCCGGCUGAGCCGGGGGAGGGGGCGGCAUGCCCGGCUGCUGGGAAAUCCCCCCGCCUACGUCAUAAUGGAUCACAUGAUAUCAGUAUGGAAAAUGUAUGACAUGGUUUCAAAAGAACUCACUAUUAAAAAAAGAAUCAAAAAAUAAAAGAAAUCAAUACGGUCUCUUUGCAGAAUGUUUUGCUUGAUGUUUAAAAAGUACCUUGGAUCUUAUUUUGUAAAUACUUACAUUUUUGUUAAAAAAUACAAGUAUUGCAUUAUGCAAGUUAUUUCAUAACCUUACAUGUCCUGUAACAGGCUUUGGAUGUUGUGUCUUUCCACUCAAAUGAAUUUGCUAGGUCUGUUCUUUUCAAAGCUCCUCGUGUCUGACUCCCUUCCCUGCCCUUUUCAUUCCAACAGAAAAAACGGGGUCAGUAGACAGUCUAUGGUGCUAGAAAUCCACCAUCGCCUAAUGACCUAGACAGCUCUGUCACCUCUGAACUUGACCGACACCAUCCCUACACCAUACAUGGGUGUGAUGUCUCCACACCAUAAUCUACAUACUGCCUAAACAUGAAAAAAAAAACAGGCUAAGAAUAACCACCAAUCAUAGCAUUGACUUUCGCUUCUACUGCACUGUGUGCUACCAAUGCGCUUUGGUUUUAGAAAGGGACGGAUAAGAGGACAAACCUGAAGUCAAUCUGGGUAGAAGCAAAAAACCAAACCUUUGAAGUGCUACAUUUUAAACGGUUCCAGCAGCCGUGCAAUUGCUUAAAUCUCUAGUUUAAGUUCUUUGGAUGGAAUAAAUUAAUUAAUGUGUCAGGUGGCUUAUUUGUGGAUGCCAUGAUUGAUGAUGUUCAUUUUAAGCUCUUACCUAUAGUACAAGUACAUGAUGCUACUGAAGAAUACUUUUCGCUUGGAAACUGUGAGUUGGUUGUUGCAUUGAAACACACACAGAUACGCAAAUCAGAAACACUACGGACUUCCACUCAAACUGGUCUUUCUUCCCCAAUGUGAGGCAAUCCUGCUGGAUUGAUUUGGAAAAAUCGAUCCAUCUGUGAGGGCUGACGUAGUGAAGCAGGGUGCGCAGGGCAUGGUGCCAACUAAGAGAAUCACCAGACACCCACCAUAAUUACCUGUCGCAGUUUUGAAGUCGUUUCUCCCCAACUUCCAACUCCUGAAGGUUGCUGCCUGCAUAGUUACUCUUCAUUCGUGCUAUUUUCCUGUAUGUCAUUGUGAGCAA